AUGGCGCUAAACAAGACGGCCUCAAAAAACGACCCUGCGUCUACCCGGCCACGACUCCAAGCCAUUAACCAGGACUUCUCCGACCUGGACGAACAGAUUUGCCAAGCUGCGCAAAUUAUCGGCCUUCCGGAGAACUGGAGCGCCAUACAAGAACAGGAGGAAAAGGCAGAGAUCAUACGACGACUCGUGCGCGCAAGAGCAGAAUGGGUGUUGCGAUGGGUACUCGACAAGCUGAAGGAUGACGCGGAGAUCGGACGCACAGCUCGAGGGAAUGUGACUGCAUGGCAGCUUCUAGACUGGAUGAUUCACGUUCUUCCCGUGUCAAGAAGCGCCCCGCAUUUGCGAGAUGCCAGCUUCCCUAGCAUACUAGAGAAGACGCUGGUCGAGAACUUUGACAAGGAAAUGACUCUGUUGCCGACGGCCGAGUCUGAGGAUGUUCAUAUGAAGGAUGAUUCCGAGUCGAGUGAGACUGUUCGGGAAGGAACCAAACCAUCCAAGAAACGGAAGCGUGGAACAGCCGAGAAGCCACAUUCGACAUCGGCUACACUUGGACCAGUCAACCGCAGCCACCUCUUCCGUGUGGUUAGAUUGGUUGUGGAAUCUAUUGUGAAGUUAGCCGCGGGGGGCAAUGACGACGACAUUACACAAGCCGAGCUCAUGAAGAUGGUCUUGAGGACCGAGAGCACACAAGCUUCGCGCAUAUUGAGAUUCUGGCUUACGGCUGUUUACCAAAUUGCGGACACCAUGUCACAGUCGAAUACCCAGGGUUCUCAGGUAGAUGACCUGAUCGACCUGCCUCUUAUAAUUGAGAUUUGGGAUUUGCGGACAGCCGACACCAAGGAUGAGACAGGAGCCUCUGCCGAAGAGUUCAACACCGAGUGUCUUGUACCUACACUCACCCUCCUUGAGCAGCUGAAAAGCUUGCGAGAUGGAGUGUUACCACAAUUCUCUGCAUGUGCGAUUCACCGCGCAACUGCAACACUCGACAAACUUCUCGCAAGACACCUACUCGCACCCUCAAGGGCUGCUUUCUUCUCUGGCACUGAUUCCACCGUUCCGGCCCCAAGUAUGCGAGAUUCGACUGUUUUGGAAAGUAAUCUGGAACCGCUUCGCGCAAAACUUUUAUCAGCUGCCCAGAUCGAGGAUGGUGGAGAUACCUUACCAAAUGACCUAGCGUCCCUGUUUAACGCAGUUCCGCACAUCCUAGAUUUGGCUAUCCGUGUAUCACCCUCACGGACACCCAAGAGCAGGUCGAUGGAAAAGCCAUGGCUACAAGCCACAUUUUCCGCACUUGCAGGAUGCGCGGGAUGUUCAAUAACCACACCACCCGAGUUCAUCACUCGGCAGACCGCUGUUGCUGGGCUCAGCGGUGCUCUUCGUGUUCUGCAAGUGCACCAAGUGGGCCUGACGCCUGAUCUUGUCAGGAAAAUCUUCUGGUACCACUGUGGUGUCAAGUAUCCCGAACGUCAAGAGCGACAAGUACAUUGGCUAUUGAUCGCGGCUCUAAUCGAGUUGGAAGCAUCGGUGUUUGUCACAGAGCAAAAAGCAAAUGCCAAGCUCUCGCAGGAGCAGCACACUAAUCUAGCCGAGUUCAUUUUUGAGAGCAUAUCGCUUGUAGAGUUGGAGGGUUCAGGCUUUCCAGAUGCUGAGAAUGAAAGCCGCACUCUUACAAGCAGAGCUACGAUCUUGGACAAAAUUAUCAAACCACUCAUGUCCGCCUUUGUGCGCAACAGAAACUUGCUAGGCUUUAUUCAAAAGUGGGACGACCAGUUAGUCCAGAGCUACAGGCAUGGCAAGCGAAAGGCGCUCACAGAACGACAAGACAUCGUCUGGGAAGACCGUGCCUUACACAGUGCCUUGGCGGAGGUCUUCGAGCAAUCUUUGACCCAAGGUCAAAUCACAACGCUGUUUCAAGAGCAUCGAACCCGCUUAGCCAAGUUUGGCCGUGCAAUCGAGACUGCCUCUAAAGAAGACGUCAAAAUUAGGAAGCUCGCUGCAUACAAGAAUGCAGUGAGUAGUGCAAUCCUACUACCGGCACUCCUUCAGUCGGUCCAGUCCGAUACAAUGGUUGAAGCCCUGCAGCCUGAUCUUCAUGCAUUGCUCCUGACCUAUGCCACAUGGGUUCAAGAAGAUACUUACGCCAAGUAUACGCAACUCCAGCUCUCUUGGUUCACGCUGUGCCAACUUCUAGCAAAGCUUUGGCCAAUCGAGCUGCACAAUUUCUUGGACCUACAACAGGAGUUGCUACACCCGCUCCUAAAGCAAGCUAUCAAAGACAUCUCCACAGGCCAUAGAGACAACGGACAUCGUAUCGGCACUCCUGCACAGGCGGCCGCGAUAGUGUUUUGGCUCAAUACAUGUGACCAACUACAGACGGUGCCUGGCUCGGAAGAAAUCAUCCGCGAUGGCUUGGGCGCGGUCAUUUCAACCUUUGCUUCAACGCAGUUGGAGCCAGAUGAACAUAUGAAGAUGGUAGAAUUAUUCUGUGCCUACUCAGUCAAACUACUCGAACAUAUGGAUGCCGGUGCAUGCCGUGAAUCACUGUGUGCUAUUCUGUCAAAGUUUGAGUACUUUGGGGAAUCGACCAGUGAUCUCAUUUGUAGAUCACUCUCACAGUCCAUCAUUCAGCAUGGGAACUCGUUAAUACAACAGGCAUAUUCUGCGGCUCUUCUACAGACUCUAGGGCAAGAGGGCACGGGAACCAUCCAUCCCAUGGUUCUAGGAGCCGUCCUUCACAUUCGACCCGCGGCUCUAUCCCGUGAACAGAGACAAUCGAUACUGGACCGCACGGCCGAUCUUCUCAACUCUGGACGAGCCACUGCAACAGGACUACUGAGCGUCUUUGCACAUCUCCAACAAGUACCGAACGCUACUGCAAAAAUAACCGUCGAUCCUAGCAUCAUCUUCAGCAUCGCUGACCAGCUAUGUCAACAGAAUGCUGAAAGUGAUUCAGCGUUGCAGCUGCUUCGGGAACUUGUUCAAAGGACACUCGGUCAUAUAAUUCCUAAUCAGAGUCAGGCCCAAAACAAGGAAUUCUUCAUCGAGUUCUCUGGAAAGCUUCUCUCCAUAACCAAAGCGACCGAUCAAAUCUCGUUAGCUAGGCUCUCUAUUCUCCGAGCGACUUCAUUGGCUCAGAAGCAGAACUCGUUGCUUCAUAUUGAACGUUACAUCGACCUUCUCAAGGAACUGCUUCGCGGUGAGGACAUUGCGCUCCUCCAAGGAGCUUUGGAUGCUUUCAACGAGUUAUCGAUACCGGUAGUGAAAGAGGUAAAGCUCUUCAGUCGCCUUCAGACCCAUUUGCGUACCUGGAUGGCGGAUGCCGUAGACCUCAACGAUUACCAGGGUUCCAUGAUUCGCAUUCCGGUCGAGGUUAUCGAAUACGUCGCACGUGUAUAUACUCUGGUCACCAAAUUUGAGCUCUACCAAGACAUAAAAUGGCUGAUCCGCUUGACGCUUACGGUCCUUCGAGGCAGCCCGACCCAUGUGCAAGACUCUGUGUACAAGUCCCUCAGGGAAGUAAUCGAGCCGCUCCCCUGUUACGAGAAGUUGGAUUUGGUAUCCACGUUGGCAGUAGACCAACAGCCACCGAAUGUUGCCGCAUCGUACCGCAUCCUUAGCGAUCUAAUCAAUUCUAUGGACGACAAGCUGGAAGACAACGCUGAGUUGACGCAAAAGCAACUCGCACUACUACCCAGGAUCUGCGUUUUACUUGCGGAGAGCCCUGAUUUUGAGUCGUUCAAUGCCCUCCUCGACUGCGUCGAUACCAUUUUGAACGACAAACCUUUGCUUGCGUCACAAUACGGUGUCGAAUGUGUGUUCAGCAUACUCGUCAAGCUCACAUCUCGAAAUAGCCCCGCGCUAACAUCACAAUACGCUUCCGAAAUCUUCACCCGGUUGUGCCACACGAGUCGCUUAAUUCUGCUUGUGCACCGCGGCCGUCUGGGUGGCCGCUUCCACCUGCUUCUACCGCUUCUACAGGGACUUCUGUUCUGUCUGUUCAUUCCCAAUGCCAGCCGCAGCGGCGCUCUGCCAACCUGGUUACGCAGAACAACUGCCACACAGCAAGUACAUCUCACGCCCACUAACGCAACACAAUUUUCGCGCCUGCUCUCUACCCUUUGCAACCCACCACAGUCAUCAAUCACAAAAGCGCAUCAACACCAUCAAUCCCGCAAAUCCAAAGACCUCAACGAUCCCAUCAAAGCAGCACGCGAAAAGGCUAGCAACUUCUUGUACCCGCUUCUUGCAUCCUUCUGUCGCUACCAACUCAAUGGAAGACUUGACCAAGAAGUGAGGGAGAGACUUAUGAUUGGCAUCUUUGAAAUUGUCGGAACGGCAAGCUUACAUCGAGAGAGCUUGGAUGCGAUGUUUGCAGGUCUGGGUCGGAGUGAAAGGGACGUCUGGAAGGGUCUCUGGGAAGAAUGGGAAAGCGUACAUGGGAGGAGACAGGUUGUUGGUCAUGGAGAGUGA